UGUUUACCAGCUUGAGUUUCCCUGAUCCGACUCUUGUUUGGAGCUCGUCUCUCUUGCAUUGGAAUAGGACAGGGGAUGAGGAAAAGAAGCAGAAUCUCUGAUCUCGGUCCCUUUUAUGAAAACAGUCCCCUUUUAGCCUCUGAUUCAUGAUCCAAUUGGGCAUAGAUAGUCUAUUCGCCAGAGAUGUCCACCACUGCAACUCCAACCAUCCCCUCUCAGUUAACAUCGGAUCAACUCACGGUCAUUGUGGCAGCAUGUAAGUAAGCUUUUAAUCUCUCAAAAUGUCAAAUUUUCCAUGAAACUGAUGGUGGCAUUUGAGCAUAGAUCAAAAUCAGAUGUACUUUUAGGCAUAUUUUUGUAAAUAACCCAUCUGUUAUGAUAAAUAUCCGUAUUGGCAUGUCACUUUUGCCUGUUACAAUAAUAGCAGUUGUAUGUGUUCAUUCAUUUUUUUUGGACAAAACACAACUAUUGUAAAGUUGUAGAAAACUGCCACAGUCUAGCCUAUGUGGACCACUGACCUAUGCUAUAGAUCUGGAUGGGGAGUCUGUUGCCUUAGCAGGUUGUUGACACCAAUGAUGGAUAAUUUUACUUUAUCAAAUCACUGCUGUGGUGGUGUGAUAAGGAAUAUGUUGAAUAUACUGUUCGCCAGCUGCUAUCACUGUAGAUAGCAGCCUAUUUGCCUACCAUGUUAGAUAUGAAGCUUUCUAUUUUUAGAACCUAUCUGUAUUAUCUUGAAGCUACCAGUGUUCCUCUUGGACUUGUUUUGGAUCAGAAGAUGAAUUACAUGGUUGACUUCACAUUUAGAUUUGAUAGUAAAUGAAUUUGAAGUGUGGAAAAUCGACUGCGACUAACAUUACGAUAGCCAAUUAUCCCUGUCCACAGAUUGAAAAACAUAUUGUGAACAGCGUUCCAUUAAAUAGUCUACACAGUAUGUCCACACAGCUUUUCAACUUAAUUACCUGUGACCUGAGCAGGAAAAGCUCUGUCCCCUAGCAACAGCAUAUUACAGUGUCCUGAACACUAUAAUAAACUAUUACUUUACAUUAAUUAGACUGGGGCAUUACAUAAUGUGCCUUUUGUACAAGGGCAUGUCCUUUGUCAUUGUGAUGCAUUGUUAACAGCAGGUGAUGAGUUUUCCUCUUCUUCUUCUCCUCUCCUUUACUAGUUUCUUGUCUGGUGUUCUUUGUGGUGAUCGUGGUGCUGCUGUCCAUAUACCGGAAAGAACCUCACUGCUGCAAGGAUGCCCAUGGAGACAUGGUAAGGACCUUGAGCUCAUUCACUAUAUUUUGUUGAAAUUAAUGAGAAAGUGUCACUUGUGAACAAACCAUACAUUCAAAUUCGGCACAAUACAGAUUAGAUGAGGUGAUUUAGGCCAAAAGUACCAUGCAAUUUCAAUGUAGCGCCAUUAAGAGGUGUCAUGUAAAAUUUGCAUGACUAUGGGAACAGGCCCAGAAUAAACUUGAUAUGAUCACUGUAAAACCAUGGAUUUGUAUUGAUGGAAUUAACACUGCUUUGGCUAUGAACUCCAGCAUCCAUAACUAUCUCUGAGUGCCAAAGCAACCAUGAGCCAUAGUGUGUGGUGAGGCAGCAUUGAUAAAUGCUAUUGAUACCUGCGUCAAUCUUGUGAUGUGUCAACACCACUACAAUGAGAAUAUUACAAACAGAUUGUUUAGCAUAAAAUUGUACUCAAAACAUGUUGUAUGAAAACAUAUGAAUGGCUAACACAGGGCGGAGGAAAAUCUGAUCUUGACUGCAGACAAGCAUAUCCUGCACAGCCUACUGGCAAAUCUCACCCAGAAACUGGAUACAGUAUUCAGUAUUCCCCUGAGUGAGGAACACAAAGCACAGAGGAGGAGUCUUCUGUAUCACUGUUGACCUCCUUUCCUCUCCCUCCCUGAGAAUAGAACUUAGCAGACAAGAGUAACUUAUAUGAAUGGUACCAUGAUGGAUGUCCAAAGUAUGGAGGUUCAUACAUAUCAAUACUAUUUAACAACUUUAAAAUUCCUACUGUUAUUUUAUUUUACUUCUGCUCUUUUUUUCUCAACACUUUUUUUGUUGUUGUUUAAUUUUUACUUUUUUGUUAAAAAUAAAUGCACUGUUGGUUAAGGGCUGUAAGUAAGCAUUUCACUGUAAUGUCUGCACCUGUUGUAUUCGGCGCAUGUGGCCAAUAAAAUUUGAUUUGAUUUGAUUUAACCAAUAUUCAAGUCCCUAACUUGGUACAUGAAAUAGGGAACAGGAAGUAUAAACUCUCCAUGGAGGUCAGUUUUCAGUUUCUGCCCAUCCUCCAUGUUUCCUCUUCCUGCCCUGUGUCCCGCCUCUUGCCCCCCCUCGGUCCCUGGGGUAGGGUUAGUAUGUUAUCUCUGGAGCACAGGGACACUGCUCAUACUUUUUCAGAUAGACAGGAAACACCAAAAUCUCCUUUGGCUCUGCUAUGUUUGGCUCUGGCCUGAACAGACAGAGAAAAGUUAUGCUGUCUCUUGGCAGGAAAAGACAGGCUUAUCCUCUUGUACAUGUCUGCCAUUUUGACCUGCUGUCAGCUAGAGUAACCCACACAUGACAGAUCAGACAACAUUGCUCAUCCCUAUUUCCAAACAUAUUGUCAGUGUGGGGAGUGGAGUCUAGUCUAUACAGUAAACUGUGGGUGACAGGGUGUAAAUAUGGAAAGAGCUUGGUGGGUAUGGAGAUGACCUCUGGAAACUGUGCAGGUGACAAAGUGCUACUGGGUGAAAUAAUACACAGAUAGCUGGCAGUGGUGUGAGAAAAGUAAACAACACGUUUCCUGACAAUGAAGUUAUUUUAAAUAGAAACAGAUUUGUUGAAAUCAAUUUGUUGUUUUUGGUGUCCCUGGUAUGUCUCUUACACAUUCCCUGAAAUCCUAUCCAGUCACCCAUAUAGUCAUAGUGACUGGUUAACUGAGGCAUGUUGUGGAAGAGGGUGGUUUUGUUACAAGAUCAUUACAAGGACACCAACUUGAAGGCAAGCCAGAUUGCGAGGGAGGCUCACAUGGAAAAAAGCCUCUAUUAUUGUUUUUGAUGGAACGUUUACUUUCCUCUAUCUGUGUUGUAGCCACAUACCUUUCCCUGCUUCAGUUUGCACCAUGAAUAGUGGCCAGACCCUCCUGUGGGUGUUGGGGACAAUGGCUCUCCUUCAGGUCGCGGCACUGAAAAAGGCACACUGCCGAUGGGGUCCUCCCCCCACUUCAGCUCUGAUUUUACACGGUUGUGCUUUUUCACGCUGGGUGAAUCAGAGGCAGAAACAAAAGGACAUCUCCCCAUUUUAUCCUGAGGACUUUUUUCACCGCUUGAAAGUGCAAACUAGCGAGGGAAGGUGACCUUUGACAUCAAUGUUUCUGUGGCUUCUCUCUCAGUCACAUACUGGAGGGGUGGUGGCAAAGGUCAAAUUGCAUCACUGGGAACGUGAGUGAUGUCACCGUUCAGGCAGGCAUCAAAAACUGGCCCUGAUGUUUUGAAGGUGACCAUUUUGUUGAUAUGAACAAGCCUACUUCCCUAUGAGUGAUUUGCAGUGGGGCAACUUUCCUAUGUAAAUUGCUACAACCGUUCUCCUCCUACUCAUCACGCAUCCUCAUGCUGGAUUGAACUCUCAGUCAGGCAAAAAAUGACUUUGCUGUGUAAUGCCGCCCAAAUUAAGUAUGGGGGUCAUAAUGUGUAUUUGAGCACGCUUGUUAAGAGGUACCUGCUGCAGUUACAAGGGAAGAGAGACAUGCUGAAAAGGUCACACUGUGUGGUUUCUUUCCAGGGACCCUGAUGACACAGUAGGACACUGCAUUGUCCCCAACACAAAGAGACUCAUUUAGGCCCAGGGUAAUCACCUAGUUUUCCGGCAGGGUUUUUGAAGAAUUCCAGCACAUUUUACAUUUUAGUUAUUUAGCAGACGCUCUUAUCCAGAGCGACUUACAGUUAGUGAGUGCAUACAUUAUUUAUUUAUUUUUUAUUUAUUCAUACUGGCCCCCCCGUGGGAAACGAACCCACAACCCUGGCGUUGCAAACGCCAUGCUCUACCAACUGAGCUACAUCCCUGCCGGCCAUUCCCUCCCCUACCCUGGGCCAAUUGUGCACCGCCCCAUGGGUCUCCCGGUCGCGGCCGGCUACGACAGAGCCUGGAUUCGAACCAGGAUCUCUAGUGGCACAGCUAGCACUGCGAUGCAGUGCCUUUGACCACUGCGCCAUACAGUGUGAGCCUGCCUAAUCUUGUUUGAAAGGGGUGGGACUGGGAGGAGGCAUGGAAAUCGGAGGGUGGUCGUCUUAUUGGCUAGAUAAUUUAUGGUAUUGCUAAAAGUCAGGACCUACAAGAAUGAAACAAGGCAUGACAAUUGGUCAAUAAGGCUGAAAUUAGUGAAUGCCUUCCUAAUUGGGACGUUGGGCUAGCCUCGUAAUUACCAGACUGAUUACCACUGCGCUAUCAAAACAGAAAGUAAGCUUGCAAGACUUCCAGAUGGUUGUAUGAGGUUAACAUUGGGCAGAUCGUCAAUGACAUUCAAUCUAUAUUUUAAUUAGAUCCUCGUUGAAUCUCAAACUUAAAUUGAGGGUUGAUAGAAGUUGUUCACUCAUCUCUGUAGUUAAUGUGCUAGUGGGUGGUUCACCAUACUAUACGCUGACUCACAUUGAUCACUGUUCCCUCUGUCCUCCUGCAGGACGCCCCUCCUCAGUACUACAGCAGCAGACAGACACUGGUGGGAAACCCCUGUCUGGAACAGACUCAUGACAUCAUGCACGACAACACACACACACAGGUAAGCAGGCCCAGCACUGGGUGGGUCAAUACGUUUUCAGUCAAUAUGUUGUCAGUCCCAGUGAUAGGGUUUCACCACAGGGGAGGGGUGGGGGGCAUAUUAUUUACAGUUUUACAAUUAUGGCUUAUAAUAAUAAUAAUAUGCCAUUUAGCAGACGCUUUUAUCCAAAGUGACUUACAGUCAUGUGUGCAUACAUUUUUACGUAUGGGUGGUCCCGGGGAUCGAACCCACUACCCUAGCGUUACAAGCGCCAUGCUCUACCAAUUGAGCUACAGAGGACUUCCAAAGUAGCUGGUAUCAUAAAUGCAUUCAUGUUUGAAUGGUCAUCAAUCAUCAUUAAGUAUCUUAUACCUGCACCGGGAUUAUUAAGUGCACAGAUUGAUACAAAGCAAUGUGCAACGAGCAGACAAGUCAGAACCAUGGAGAAAGAGUUAGGCCUAGGCUACACCUGGUUCUUUAGAUAAGUCAGACCGUAAACUAAAUAACAUCAAUCAUGCAAGAUCAGGUAGACAGCAGUCUUCAACAUAAGCAGCAAACACAUCCACAUCAAUUCGAUAGGCUAUUGCUUUCUGUAGUCUAGCACAAGGAACUGAAUCCCAUGUGUCUACUAUGCUAUAGUUCAACCUAAUAAUGUAAUAUAGAAUAGACUACUUUUGCUUUCAGAUGCCAUUCAAAAACAAGUUACAGGGAAGAACAUUAUAGUAAACCUUCUCACCAAACAGAUGUGUCGUGUCAUGGGGUAUAAGGUCAUUCAUGCGCAAUCAUGCAAUGGGCAAUGUAAAAUUGUAAAUCCAUUUUUGAAAUGUCCAAAGAACAGGUAAAACCUAAUCCGAACUAACAUCUAUAUAUAUUAUCGAAAAUAAGAAAUUAUAUGGUUUAUAUCCCUGAAUAAAUUGAGCGCAUGAGACCCUUCUCAAAUUGUCACUCUUUUUAAAAAGUAACCAUUCCAGUCACGAGAUGUGCAUCUCACUUCGCACUGGCAUCUCUUUGAUUUUAAAAAAUAUUAUUUUCUAUUUUAUUUUGUUAUAUAUUCCAUUAGAUUCUACCUAUAAAAUAGGGGUGUCUUGACUGUGAUAAGGGCACGGGAAUAUAAAAGUGUAUUUUCUGCUAAAUUAACAAACAAGGCUAUGCCAUUGCAGUGCAGCGUCAGUCCCAGGCCAGGGGGCCCCUCAAUACCAGCUCAGACCAAUUUCAAGAUUUAUUUAAAUCAUAUUAUAUAUACAUUUGUCAUGUUUUAUAGUGUUAAAUAAUAUUGUAUUUAUUUAUUUUUUGGUACCAUGUUUGUCUUGUAAAAAAUCUCCAGGAACAGGGGGCCCUGCUUCCGCUGUGUGUGGGUAGGUUUAUCGCUCUGACAAGUAUAGUCAGAAGUGAUGCACUGACAAGGAUUCUCCAUGACCAAACAGACACCAGCAGUACCUUCCAUCAAAGUGUUUGUCACAUCCCUCUAACUGUCCCGUUGUGUUCCCCUGUCUGUCUCUGUCUUCUCUCCAUCAGUCAGGGCAGCUGUUCCUCAUCGGCCUGCCCUCCAGCUACCGCCUGCCCUCCCUGGAGGCGCCCCUCCCCAGGCUGCCCUCCUACGAGAGUGUCAGGAAGAAGGACCGCCAGAGACAGAUACACAUGAUGAUCGCUGACCGUUUCGGCCUCAACGGCCCCAUGCUGACUGAGGUACGAUACCGGGAGGUGGAUGGGUAACAGUGAGAUAAGUGGCAUGUGGCCUCAUAAGUAUUCACACACUGCCUCAGUUUCCUGGAAAGUGUAGAUCAUUGAAUGUUACCAAAGUUAAUCUUUAGUCCAUUAUUAAAGAGCCUUACAUAAAUAAUCUGCUGUUACUGCAGAGGCCUCUAAAAGAAGAUAAUAAAUGAGAGGUUUUGUUCAUUAUGAAUGUGCUGUCACAGGGUAACUGGAGCUUGUUCUAAGAUUAAACACUAUUCAGAGCGCCGCAAAUAGGAGCCCUAUCAUCUCAUCUUCUGCUGUAGUGAUACACAGACUGCGCAUUACCAGGUUUUACCAUGUUGAUCUUUCGCCGGGGCUUUGACUUGCGUAACGCUCGAGCAGACAAGGUAAUGAGAAAAAGGCACAUAAAACAUAAUUAAAGCUUGUGUCCUCAGUGUAAACAGUGGCAGAGCUUUGUGCUUUUCUCCUUUGCUCCUCUUUUUCUUUAAUAAACGUCCCAGUGAAUAAGUGACCUCCCACCAGUCCUCCAUCCUGUCACCGGUAGCUCAAAGUGGCCCCGUCAAACAGUAGAGGGGGGUCUGAAGGCCUAUAAUUGCCCUGUCUGUGUGGUGGCCGGAGGGGCUGAGUGUAACUGUGUUGCCCGGUACGUGUGUGGUGUUUUUAUAGGGCUGGGAGAGGAGUGCAGGGCAGUCCCUGCCGCCCGCGGGGCCCCCAAGCAAUUAAAAGAUAAGAGGAGUCAGUCAGGGAGUGAGGAGCUGGCUGAUGACGGAGAUAGGCUCUGUACUGGAGGAGUGAUGCUAAAGGCAGCCCGGGUGCUGCCAACCUAAUCUGUCAUGUAAAUGCUAACAUGAUGCCAUUAGGUUUUGUGUUAGAUAUCAUGUAUCAGCCAAUACACGCUAGGAAACACCUGCACCUGGGAAAUGGAGUCUCUAAUCUUAGAUGGGAUGUCAUCUUAGAAGGUCAUGGGUUAUUUUGUUAUAUGUGUGGAAUAUUUAGAGUUGAACAUUUUCAGGACAGUUUAUAGCCUCUCACUUGUGAGUGUUAACAUAAGAGGGUGACUCACUAAGUGUCUCACUUUGUCACAAAGUAUAGCUUGAUAUGAUGAGCCGCGACACACUCAAAUCAAGCCAUCCACUCACCCAUCUGACAUGUACCCACUUACCCUAGGUUCUAAAGCAGUGUUAACCAGAGCUUUCUCUCCCACAGCCCCCUCCAACGUAUGAGGAGAGCAUCCGCCACUCCAUUGAAGUGCCCUUGGACAUUCUGGGGUCUGGAAUAGACACCCCUCACCCCCAAAACAUUUACCCUCCACACCCUGGCACAGACCUCACCACUCAGUCAGAGGUAACCACUCAGUGCCCAUCCACUCAGGAUGCCAACAGUGCCACCCAACCAGUCUGAAUCCACAGACACUCUACUGACCCCUGCUGGCACACGAUGACAAGGACAACUGGAGUAUUGACGCUUUUUAUCCACCUUGAUGUGCCAAACUGGUCAGAGGAUAACAGACAGUGGAAAUGAACACAUUCUCAAUAGGUUGAAUCAGAUCCAGCAGCCAAUGGCUUGACUGUACUGUAGGAACAUCCUGCAGUGACAGUAUGCUGGAAGAUAGUGACCAAAGAUAGUGAAAUUCUCCAUUGCGAGUUACUCCAUACUGACAAACUUGAAUGUCUAAACACCUCUUGUCAGUUGUGAUUUUAAACUGGAGCCUAAAUAAGAUUGGUGAACUGGGAAGACCUGGAUUGCCAUUAUUCAGUGAAAAGGGAAACAGUCCUGGAGAUGACCAAUGCCAGGACUAUGUGUCUGAGGUGGAAGGUUCUAAUGCCAAAGGUAACUGUAAGAGGAGACAGGCCAGACGGAAAGACAGUCCAUGGCAAAUGGGCUGCUGAAAAACAAAGACCAUUUUGCUGUGAACAGAAAAAGCACCAAAAAGGGAAGAACAAUCUUUAGACUUUAAAAAAAUGUUUCUCAUAUUUUCUACAUUUGAUCAUGGUACCCUCUAUAGAUCAUUUUAUGGAUGAAGGUGUUCUGGAUUAUUUGGUCUUUGGGAACUGUGUUGUAGCAAGUCCUAUUCUGAGUAAAACCACUCUCCUCUUUUAGUGCAAUGUCUGAGCCAAAAACGUAUAAGGGUGAGUUGUAAUAUGCUCCUGUGUCCUACCCUGCUGAGCUUGGGUUGUACAGCUGAGCCAGCUACAAUUUAUGUGUGAGUCUUGGAACCUGUGAAGAGAGUGAGUCAACAACACCAAACCUGUGUUGGCUCUGGUAACGGGUCUUAAAUGCAGCCGUUUUUAUAUCAAUA